AUGAAUACUGCAAUUACCAAUUCACUUAGACGCUUCUACACAACUGGCGUCGGAAGACCAACAAUGAAGAUGUUGGGUCAAAAGAAAGGCAAAGAUGGAAAGUUAUUCACUGUCCCACCAAAGACAUGGGAUGAAUCCGUUUCAUCACCAAGUGAAGCCAUUGUCAAGGCCGAAAGAUCAUCAAACAAGUCCUUUGAAGAAUUGCAAAGGUUGUCUGUUAGACGUAUUCACAAGUUGAACAUCUAA